GACAUUUGGUUGGCACUAUUCCAACCAAAUGAUCCUUGGUCCUAGGAACCAACCAAUCACCAAGCACCGCACUAUGUGGUUGCUUGCCUUCCAAGCAAUCUCUCUCAUUGGUCCACAUUGUGGCCAAUCGGAGAGCACCACACUUUGUGGUUGCUUGCCCUACAAGCAACCUCUCCCAUUGGUCCACUUUAUGGCCAAUAGGAGAGCUUCCCUUCCAACUCUUCCUUGCUCUUUGUUUUGUACAAAAGAGCCUCUUGGCUCCCUACUCAAUUCAAUCUUUUCUCUUCCAAGCUAGUUCCUUCAUUCACAACCUCCCCUCCUCUCUCCCACACAUGUGCUGAGAAGGUGUGAUCCUGGUGCAGUUUCUGCAGCUGACGGGUCUGUUCCAGUAUGCCAUACGGCAGGCGGCAGAGAGAUUUGAAGCGCCACCCCCCCCCCCCCCCCUCCCCACACUUUACCCCCCCUUACCCUCCCCAAUUUCCUCUCCGUCGCGCUCACAGGUGUGGUUCUUAUCCAAUGUCUGCAGCUGACCAGCACGCCCUACGGCAGGCAGCGGAGAGCAAGAUUUACUUCACCACGGUGGAGCAAAGAAUCGCCUCACACGCUCCCCGCCUCGUCCCCACACAUGUGCAGGAGUGAUUCUGGUGCAAUGCUUACAGCUCACAGGUCUCUUCCAGUACGCCAUACGGCAGGCAGCAGAGAGCGAGAACUACUUCACCUCGGUGGAGCGAAUCCACGCCUUCAUGCAGCUGCCCCCCGAGGCCAACCACCUCUCGCCACCUGGCGCUCUGCCGCCCGACUGGCCGCAGAAGGGGCGAAUAGAGUUCCGCCACGUGUGCAUGGCGUAUCGGGAGGACCUACCGUAUGCACUGAAUGAUCUCACCUUCACUGUGAACGGGGGCGAGAUGGUGGGCAUACUGGGGCGAACAGGCUCGGGCAAGUCCAGCCUGGCAGCCGUGCUCUUCCGAUUGGUGGAGAACAGUCGCAGCCGCGGCCACGUCAGCAUCGAUGGGUUGGAUCUCAGAGACGUGGGGCUGGACGACCUCAGACAGCGACUCUCCAUCAUACCCCAGGACCCUGUGCUCUUCCAGGGCUGUGUGCGGCAGAACCUGGACCCAUUUGGCCGCUACUCCGAUGCCGACAUGGUGGAUGCGCUCAGACGGGCCCAUCUCGCUCCCAGUUCUCAUGCCACACCCUCAGCAGCAGCAGCAGCAGGAGCAGUAGAAACCCCUCCUGCUCUGGGCAGCGGGAAAGCAGAUGAGGAAUGCAGGACUAACGGUGCAGGUGACGGAAACGCGGGUGAGCAUGACUCGUCCGCAUUGCUCAAUGGAUCCCCGCCCGAUGCUGCCUCGGCUGCAGCCACAAGGCUCCGUCCAGUGACUCUGGAUAUGGAGGUGUCUGAAAACGGGGAGAAUUUCAGUGUGGGUCAGCGGCAGCUGCUGUGUCUGGCCCGUGCCUUGCUGCGCCAAUCCCGAGUGGUGGUGCUAGAUGAAGCAACUGCAGCUGUUGAUGGUGAGACCGAUGCUCUCGUGCAAGCCACUGUGAGGGAACAAUUCGGUGUUAAUGGCAUGCGAGCUACAGUGUUGACUAUAGCGCAUCGCAUUGAUACGGUUAUUGAUGCAGAUAGGGUGUUGGUGCUUGCUCCUGGAGGAAGGGUUGCAGAGUUUGAUACUCCGGCCCAUUUGUUGCGGCAAGGGUUGGAUGAACGCGGCAUGAGAAGGGGAGAAGGGGGGUCAGUGUUUGCCAGUAUGGUCGAAAAUGCUGGGGUUGUGGUAGCAGCUAAGCUUUAUGGGGCAGCCAUGGAGGCCGAGAGUAGGAACAUGCAAAAUCGAGAGUAGCUUGUUACAUUGAUGCCCUAGUUAUUAUGAAUAGGUAUAAGGCCCCUCCAUUGCUUACAUUCAUAGAAAACUUAAAAUAGUCUCACACCCUCCAUGAUCAGCAGAAGCGAUGUUUUUCGGCCUUACUAUACCAACGCGAAUACACUAUUUGUAGCCGU